CACCGACCAGGCAUGGAAUUGGAGACACUCGCACGAUUCGAGAAGGAUGUGAAGCGGACCGACACCGGGUUCCUGGCGAUAGCAACAGAGGUGGAGAAUGACGGAGAGAAAGCCUCGGAAACUCCAGAAAAAAUCAAGGAAUUACUGAAGGAGUUCCAAGACAUUCUUCCUGACGAUCUUCCGAACGAGCUACCGCCAUACCGAACGCAUCAACACGAGAUCGUGGAGGAACCGGGUUCGAAGCCGACCUUCCGAGCACCAUACCGGCUCAGCCCUACGGAGCUGACCGACAUGAAGAAGCAGAUCGAGUAUCUCCUAGCCAAAGGACUCAUCCGACCAUCUACUUCGCCAUACGGUGCCCCAGUACUCUUCACACCGAAACCGGACGGAAGCCUGCGCAUGUGCAUCGACUACCGAGCUCUUAACAAGCAGACCAUCAAGAAUAAAUAUCCGAUACCGCGAAUCGAUGACCUGCUUGACCAGCUUCGGGGAGCUACGGUAUUUUCCAAACUGGAUCUGCGGUCCGGAUACUGGCAGAUACGGAUGGCGGACAACUCUAUCCACAAAACUGCUUUUCGAACUCGGUACGGAUCGUACGAGUAUUUGGUCAUGCCGUUCGGACUCACCAAUGCGCCGGCAACGUUCCAAGCCGAAAUGAACCACAUUCUACGACCACUUCUGGACGAAUGCGUGGUGGUGUACCUGGACGACAUACUCAUCUACUCGCGCGACAUGAAGCAGCACGUCGAACACCUGCGACGCGUCUUCGAAAUUCUUCGACGAGAACGAUUCUACGUCAAACUGUCCAAGAGCGAAUUCGCCCUGGAGAAAGUCCAAUUUCUAGGACACUUGGUGAGCGCUCAAGGAGUUCACGUCGACCCCAAGAAAGUCGAAGCCGUACGUACGUGGAAGACACCCGAGAACGUGAAGGAGUUGCAGCAGUUCCUAGGCUUCGCUAAUUACUACAACAGGUUCGUGCCACAGUAUGCGAAACUCGCGGCACCACUCACGAAUCUGCUGAAGAAGAACACGCCCUACAAAUGGGAGACGAAGCACCAGGAAGCCGUGGAGCAGCUGAAACAAGCACUAACGUCCGCACCGGUGCUCAUCUUGCCAGAUCCCGAACGCGACUACGUAAUCGAAGCUGACGCCAGCGACCAGGCAGUGGGAGCAGUCUUAAUGCAAGACCAGGGGAAUGGACUGCAACCAAUUGCCUACCUCAGCAAGAAACUGCACGGGGCAGAACUCAACUAACCGAUACACGACAAAGAGGCU